ACCCACGGUCAAGAGGUCUCCACUGGGAAUGCAGCAAACCACUCCCAGGACAGUGCUCUCCGAGGAGACCUACCAGCAGCUGGCUCGCGAGACCUUGGAGGAGCUGGACUGGUGCUUGGACCAGCUGGAGACCAUCGAAACGCACCGCUCCGUCAGCAACGUGGCCUCGACCAAGUUUAAGCGGAUGCUGAACCGAGAGCUCUCCCACCUGUCUGAGAUGAGUCGCUCUGGAGUCCAGGUGUCCGAAUACAUUUCCAGCACAUUCCUGGACAAGCAAAAUGAGGUGGAGCUCCUGCCCCCCAACCAGAAGGAGCAGAACUCAGCACCAUGUCAGACCAGUGGAGUUGGGGUUUUGUCCGAAGACUCCAGGACAACUCUGCCUCGAUUUGGGGUCCACACCGAGCAUGAAGAUGUGCUGGCCCAGGAACUGGAAAAUCUGGAUAAAUGGAACUUCAGCAUUUUCACUGUGGCUCAGCUGUCCUGUAACCGGCCACUUAGCUGCAUUAUGUUUGCCAUCUUCCAGGAAAGGGAUCUCAUGAAGACCUUCCGAAUGCCAGAGGACACAUUGAUGGCCUAUGUGAUGACCCUAGAGGACCACUACCAUGCGAGUGUGUCCUACCACAACAGUCUGCAUGCAGCCGAUGUUACGCAGUCCACUCAUGUCCUGCUCUCCACGCCUGCCCUCAGAGCAGUCUUUACUGAUCUCGAGAUUCUCGCUGCUCUCUUUGCAGCUGCCAUUCAUGAUGUGGAUCACCCUGGAGUCUCUAACCAGUUCCUCAUCAACACUAAUUCUGAACUGGCCCUGAUGUACAAUGACGAGUCAGUUCUGGAGAACCACCACCUUGCAGUGGGCUUCAAGCUUCUGUACGAGGAGAACUGUGACAUCUUUCAGAAUCUGAGCAAGAGACAACGGCAAAGCUUGCGCAGGAUGGUCAUUGACAUGGUCCUAGCAACUGAUAUGUCUAAACACAUGAGUCUGUUAGCCAAUCUGAAAACAAUGGUAGAGACUAAAAAGGUGACAAGUUCAGGAGUGCUGUUACUGGACCAUUACACUGACCGCAUAGAGGUACUGAGGAUCAUGGUGCACUGUGCAGACCUCAGCAAUCCCACGAAGCCACUGGCUGUGUACUGCCAGUGGACCGAACGUAUCAUGGAAGAAUUCUUCAGACAGGGGGACAAGGAGCGUGAACGCGGCAUGGAGAUCAGUGCUAUGUGUGAUAGACACACUGCAUCUGUGGAGAAGAGUCAGGUGGGCUUCAUUGACUACAUUGUGCACCCGCUUUGGGAGACAUGGGGAGAUCUGGUGCACCCAGAUGCACAGGAAAUGCUGGACACGCUAGAGGACAACAGAGACUGGUACCACAGCAUAAUGCCGCAGAGUCCAUCCCCACCAGCUGAGCAGGAUGAUGUGGACCAUUUCCAGUUUCAUCCAAAUAUCGAAGGAGAUGGCCAGGACCUAAUCCAGGAGAGGUGUGGAGAGAAGGAUGAUGGGGGACUGGAUGAGACAGAGAAUGAAGAAGAUGUGGAAAUGAAAGACAGAAAUGAAGAGGGGGAGGAUACAGAGAAGAAAACAGAGGAUACAACUGAGGAAAACACUGAGUUGCAAAAAGAGACAGAGGAGGUAAUAGAGGGAAAUGAAGGGGAACACAAAACAGAGGAAGACCAAGAGGAGGAAACAGGGGCAAUUAAAGGGGAAGAGGAAAGAGAAGAGAACCAGGAGGAGGAAACUGAGGGGAAUGAAGGGCAACGGGAGAUGGAGGAGAACCAGGAGGUGGAAACAGAGGAGAUUAAUGAAGAGGAAGAAAGAGAGAGAGAGAAGGAGCUCAAGGAGGAAGCUGAAGGGAAUGAAGUACAAGAGGAGACAGAGGACCAAGAGGAAACAGAGGAGACUGAUGAUGUUGGAUAGAAUACUUAAAGAGCAGAAAGAUGAAUUGAAUUAGAACACAGUGACAGUGAAGGAGGAUGGAGUAGUUUUUGUCCUUCCAGAGUUUUUGAGAAACUGUGUAUAAAAGUUGCUUUAUGAGCAAUUCCUCUCCAAGGCAAACCACAGGACCCUGAGCCUGAAUUUUAUGCUGAGAUGGAU